AUGGGUGGCAAAGGAUUCCCUGAGGAUCCUAAACCCGACUACAAAAUUGCGCGAAACUGGGAGUCAGAGCAUACCAAGAAACAAGUCCAUCUCUACAAUCCGACAUUCGUUGGCCAAGGUAUUGGAACUAUAAGUGGCGGGACAUCUGGAACUAUAAAUGGGCCCAUUGUUGAAUCUUCAAAGAGAGAGGCUCCGGUUCCUGAAAAUCAGGACUAUAAUAAAGUUCCCAAAAGAGCAAAAAUUGAAGAUUGGUUUCGCCCUUGCAAUAACAAUGAAUCAUACGUUUACGAUGAGACCUCUGAUUUGGAUAAUGGGAAAAAUCACGGAGAGGUCAAUAAUGAAAUUGACAAUAUUGCUAAUGAAGAUAUAUAUCUUUUAUCCCAAGAGACUCCGCAGAAUGUGACGGAAGAGUCGAAUAAGGACUAUUAUCUAAUGGUUCAGAAGAUCGUUCCUUAUACUAAAGUUCAUGUUGGCAUAAAUGAAUCACCUGUUGAAGCAUCACCCUCCAAAGCUUCGAGGACUUACGAUGCUUCAAAAACUUCUGAUUAG